AGGCGUGCCAGUUCAAAAAUUUGUUGCGGCCUAAUAAAAUAAAAGAAAAACUUUCCUCUUUUGAUUAAUUUGGAUGCUAAAAAAAAUCGAUUUAAAAUAUCAAUAAAUCGUCAAAAAGCUAUAAAUUGUGUUCCCGCCCCGGAAAAUGCAGUGCAGCAAAACAAGCAAUUAAAGGAGAGAAAGAGGAACUGUAGCAACAGCAACAUCAACAACAGCAACAACAGUGGGUCCUCUUGCAACACAAACGCCUAGCCCGGAUUCCCCCGCCACUCUGUCUGCUUGCCUGGUAUCCUUCGAGCCUGUCUGCCUGCAAGCUGUGCUAAAAACCUAUUUUAAAUAAUUAAAAUUCCGUAAGUGCAGCACAACUACAACAUCGGUAGCAGGGGUAGCGGCAACGAAAGAAGACGCGCCACCAGGUAGCAGAAGCGAUAAAAAAGUUUCUGCACAACUUUUGCAACAUUUCUGUGGCAAGGCGCGUCGGGUCCUCCAACAAUGAAAUAAUUAAUUCAAUGCACUCGAAUACGCAAUUUUCAAGCUCAGCUGAGAGUCGAGCAGUAAGUGAGUGAAACGGCUUACACAGACAAGCAACUUGUUCAAAACUAUUGGACACAAACAACCGCAUAAAAAAAAAAACAAAUAAAAAACAAAAGUAAUUGUAAAAGCAAGAAAAUAUAGACAAAAUGGCAGCGAAAAGUAUUAGCUCAACUGAACGUUGCAGUGCAUCGACAACAAAAACUACACCAACAAUAGUGGCAACAGCGGUCAGCAUAGCUUGGACAAUUAGCCAAUAUAUUGCCAAAGCGCGUAACAGUGAAGAUGAAACCAACAAGAAGAACAACAACAGCAACAACAACAACACACAUAUCCAGCGCAAAAGAAAUCAUCAAUUUUCAGGCCUUGGCCGCUCACUGAUGCUGCUGAUCGCCUUUAUGCUGACGCAGCACUUGGAUAACGCUUCGGCCCAAGGACUGAUGAGCAAGAGCGAGCCCAUGUUUAUAUCGCGCUCGGAGACUUUCAAAUUCAUAGCAGGAGAAACAAUAGUGCUGCCUUGUGAAGUGGCCAAUACCGAUCCUUAUGUCGUCGCCUGGAAACGUGGAAUUGCCAUAUUAACUGCCGGCUCUGUCAAAGUAACUCCAGAUCCGCGCGUGCGUCUGGUCAACGGUUUUAAUCUGCAAAUACGUGAUGCUGUGCCGCAGGAUGCCGGCGAUUAUAUUUGCCAAAUUGCCACAAUGGAGCCACGCGAAAUCACACACACUGUGGAAAUUUUGGUGCCACCAAGGAUUCAUCACAUUAGCACCGGCGGACAUUUGCAAGUCAAAAAAGGUUCAUCAGUGCGCAUUGAGUGCUCGGCCUCUGGUAAUCCAACGCCAAAUGUGACUUGGAGCCGCAAAAAUAAUAUUUUGCCCAAUGGCGAGGAGAAGCUACACUCACACGUCCUAUCAAUUGAGAAUGUUGAUCGCCAUAAGGGCGGCGUCUACAUAUGCACGGCCAACAAUGGCGUCGGUCAGCCGGCGUCCAGUCAGGUUGUCCUGCACGUUCUAUAUCCGCCGGAAAUCUCCGUGGAGCGUCCCGUUGUCUUCUCGGGUGAAGGGCACGAGGCCAUGCUGGUUUGUAUCGUGCAUGGCGAAACGCAGCCUGAGGUAAUUUGGUUCAAAGACACCAUGCAAUUGGAUACCACCGAGCGCCACAUCAUGGAGAAUCGCGGCUCACGACACACGCUGAUUAUACGCAAAGUGCAUCCACAAGACUUUGGCAACUAUUCCUGCGUGGCCGAGAAUCAACUUGGCAAGUCACGGAAAACUUUGCAGCUGAGCGGAAAACCGAAUGUUGCCGUUUUUAAUUCACCGCCAAUCAGUCAAUACAAGGACAGAUACAACAUAUCGUGGGCAGUGGACUCGCAUUCACCCAUCGAGGAGUAUAAGUUGUCCUUCCGCAAGCUGCCGCAAGGACAUGAGGUCGUUGACAAUGCCAUUGACUCGCAAUCGUCGUCUUUGUCGUCCUCAUCCUCCUCCUCAUCGACCUCAUCUCUGCAAAUGUACGGCAGUGGCUUGCACAAUCAUCGCAUUGGCAGUAACGGCGUCGGCGGCGGUUUGGUCAACUAUGGCGGGUAUGGAAACAUCAUGCACUGGGGUCGCAACGAUUGGCGAGACGUUGUGCUCCCAGCCAUGCCAGUCUCACAUCACUACACACAAGGCAUGAGCUACAUGAUACGGGGUCUGGAUCCAGAUCAGCAUUACGAGGCCACCGUGCAAUCCAGAAAUCGUUAUGGCUGGAGCGAUUUGACCAACAGUUUUGUCUUCUCAACAUCAUCGAAUGAUGGACAUGUCGAUCUGUCAACAUAUUUAAAUCAUGGUUUGUCAGAUAACGAGAUGCGUGAUUUGAGCGUCACCUUUUAUGGCGGGGGCGCCAAGAACAAGCAGCAACUGAGCCUCAUAGCAUUAAGUACCGUUACGCUCGCACUUAGCCUAACCAUGACUUAAGUCCUAAGAUUUAAGCUCACUUGCCGGCUGUAAGUUACGAAUAUCACCGCCAAUAGCAUUAAAAGCGCAUCGUGUUUUUAUUAGACUUUUGUUUUUCAAACAAGUAAGUAUGCCGUCGAGGAGCGCAGCAAGGACAACUCUAGUCGUAAACUUAGCUUAAGACAGUAAACUGUGUGUGUAAAUUAUAAAAGGAAAACGAAAUAGCGACUUUCUUAUUAAAUAAUACAUUUAACUUCAUUCUCAAAUUUCUAAAACACCAAAACCAAUUCAAAUCCACCACCAAUUCCCCCCACAAACAUUAAACGCCAACAUUAUCGAGCCCAGAAAUGAUAAAGAAAACGGAACCAUUUAUGUAACAAUCAAUGUACGAGCAAAUUAAAUUGUUCAACUAGGACCCAUUUAUAUACAUACAUACAUACAAACAUACAUACGUACGUACGAACAAACAUACAUUUCAGCACUCAAACUCAAGUGUAAAUAGAUUUUACUGCAUACGAGUACUCGUACUUUUAGGAUAAAAUGCACCAAAGAAAAACAUUUGCGAACUACGAGUAUAAAAGAUUUGAGGAAUGAAAGAAAAUGGAAACCUAGCCAAGUAAUCGAUAAAUAAUUAAAUAAAUAAAUAAUGGAAAAUGCUUCAGUGUACGUGUAUGUCCGAGUGCAUAUGUUAAUUGUAGUAUUAUGCCAGUAGCUAAUAUAAUUUACAUUUAAAACAAAAACGAAAACGAAACAUCAAACAGUUUUAUUCAAAAUAUUUUAGUCCAAUACUUAAGAGCAAAAACAAAAACAGAAACAAACCGAAAAAUAAGCAUACAUAGAACAGAAACAAAAACCAAUUUGUGUCAUUUUCAAAAAGAGGCAACAACAACAACAACAAGAAAAACAGAACAACAAGUAUUUGGAAGCUUAAAGCAAGCCACAUUUUUCUAGCUUAUGCGAUUUUUUACAUAUACAUAUAAAUAUACAUAUAUGUACGUGUAUGUAUGUGUCUGUAUGUACGAAUUAUAAGUAGCAUAAUUAACAGCAUAGAAAUAAAGCGAAAUGAAUAUACAAUUAUUGCGGCCAGCUUUGAUUUGCAUAUGUAAAUUAACACACACUCACACACAGACACACACAUUUAAUAACUUCCAUACGCAUUUUGAAUUACAACUAAGGAGCAAGUGUAAAUAAGUGAAAGGGGCGUGCGAAUCCAUUAGUCAGUUUUCAACAGCCUGCAUUGAAAACAAUCGGCAACUGAAUGGGUGGAACGAACGAUGGUACAUGGCACUUAAUUUUAAUGUAUGAUUAGUCAGGGUGUGGCCACGAUUGUUUCCUUUGUAAAUACAUUGCACUUCAAGAUUUUUAAGCCUACCUAUAAUAAGAUCGGUUAAUGGGUCGCUAAAGACAUAAGCACAGUUUUCUACAAAUGCGUUUUGGCAAGCAGCCGCAUCUAAAUCAGUUUGAGGCACCCUGUACUAUUGUUUUUAGCUAACUGAUGAAGCCAAGCGAAACUUAAAUACAUUUAAAUAAACAAACACUAGCUAAAACAAACAAACAAACAAUUUAAGCGCAAAUCCAAGCGCAUUAAAUCUCAAAUAAAUUAAUUGAAAAAAAAAAAUGAAAAAUUCGCAUGGCAAGCAUAACUGUAUGGGAAUAAAAUAUAUGAACAAUUUUCAAAAUGAUUUCAAAAUAAAUACACAAUAUAAGUACAUACAUACAUGCAUAUAGCUUUUAGAGGAUCUAAUUAAAAAGGGGUUUGAAAUGAAAAAGAGACAACAACAAAACAAAACAACCAAUUGAGAAACACAAUUUGAAUAUAAUUACGAUUAUAUGUGUAAUUAUUGCCAGAGGAUGGUGGGCGGGCAGCAGAGCAAAGGGUGAGUUUAAUUAAAUUAAAUUAAAUUAGUGAAACAUAAAUAUGUACUUGUAUGUAAUAAGUGUGUAUUGCUACAAAAAUUAUUAUACAUACAUGACAUUGGCACAAAAGGCCAACAGCAACAAAAGCACCAUCAACAACAAGCGACAGCAAUGUUAUGCUUUUAACAUUUAAAUACAACAACAAAAAAUCAUUUCGAUUCCUCUUGUUAGGGCUUGCUGGGCCCGCUCCAUUAACGAUAAUUUAGCGAAAUUAGCAUCUACUAUAUAAAUACAAUAUAUAAACAUAUUGUAGAAAUGCAGAUAUACAUGUGUAAUUAAACAUUUAGUUAUGUGUUUAGUUAAU